ACAAGCAAGGGAGCCGUUUCAAAGGCAUAUCCUAUCUACUACUACUAAUAGUUGUUUCCGUGGCCGAAGACUUGUCCGCAGUCAAUCCAAACUCCCUUUGUUUUGUGUUUGUUCUGAGUAAAACGUGACCACAACGAACAAAAGAGAAGAAGCUCAAGCAAACACAAACAAAGGAGGAAUAAAAAAAGCAAGGGAGCCGUUUCAAAGGCAUAUCCCACCCACUACUACUACUACUACUACUAACGUAAGGUUGCAGUGUUUCUUGAGGAUUUGCAAAUGUUUGCGAUUUUGUGAAGAACUUGCGUAUGAUAAUUAGUUAAGUUCCAAUGAAAAGUUCGCGAUGAAUGUCUCGGCAUGCAAUGUUAUGGGUUCCCUGAUUCGUGGAUUUUCUACAUCAACUAGAAUUGACAUUAACUGCCAUCGAACAAGCAUAGCCCGUAUUGGACGGCUUACAUAUACAAGGGUGUAUCCAACAACAUUAGUACAAAGUGAUGGAUCAACUAUAAUGGUUCGUUACCAUGAACCUAGACAGAUUAUUAAGAUGCCUAUAGACUUGACCACGUUAACUGAAGUAGAACGUAGAAAGCGGCUGGAUGCCCGGAAACCGAAGGUCAAGGUGUUGAUUGAUGAUGAUAUAGAGGAUGAUUUCAACCUUGAUAAUUAUCAGCAUUUGUGGAAGAAAAAAUAAAAACCAUGAUUGAUAUGAUUUGAGGUAAAUAAUAAAUAUUCUGUGCAAAGUUUCUUUGCAAUUUUUUCAACUCAUGUUGCAUGGUUUGAAUUCAGUUCGUUGUUGUACAUACAGUAUUUGUUUAAUAAAAAAAUUUUUCUUA